AGACUACAUCCAGCACCUGGGCUCAGCACUAGCCAACCUGAGCCCCUGCUCCAUCCCACACAGGAUCUACCGCCAGGCCCACAGCCUGCUUUGCAGCUUUCUGCCGUGGUCCAGCAUUUCCAGCAAAGGUGGCAUUGAAUACAGCCGUACCAUGUAAUGCCGUUGGGGCAGCCUCCACCAGGCCUCUGUCCUCAGCACUUUGUGGAGCCUAUUUUCCUGUCUGUCUGACUUCUGCUGUCCUUUUCGAGGAGCUGGUGGCCACCUGCCGGCCCAUCAGCCUGCCUCAGCUGCAGGCCCGGUGCUAUGCUGGCUGCCUCAGCUGCAGGCCCGGUGCUAUGCUGGCUCAGGAGCAGAAUGUACACUGGUCGGGUAGGUUGUCAACAGGUAGGAACCGGGAGGAACCGGGAGGGCCUGGGGAGUCUGAUUCUUGUGGCACCAAGAGGUCUCUAGGCACCAUGAACAGUUUACAGUGCAUCCAGAAGCUUUCUGAAGAGUGAGGGACCAAAGAUCUCAAAGCACUUGCCAGAAUUCUUUUUACUCCCUGGACUUUGUGUGUUCGUGUACAUAUGCAUACACAUGUGCACGUUUGUGGAGCGUAGAGCUCAACUUGGUGUAUCUUCAAUUACUUCCUCAACCUUAAUUUUGAAACAGGGUUUCUCCUGGAACUUGAGGCUCAUUGGUUUAACUGGGCCAGCUAGUGAGCCCGAGAGAUUCUCUUGUCUUGCAUGUUUAUAGUCACUUGACUGAGCAAUCUCUCCAGCCCGAGUGGCUCUUUGUUUUUGUUUUUGUUUUUUUUUUAAGAAGAAAUGUUUUUAAAUAUCUUUUGAGAAUUUGAGGGCAUUGGAUCCUCUGGAACUAGAGAAAUAGACAGUUUUACCAUGUAGAUGCAGUGUGACUCAAGUCCUCUGGAAAAAGCAACAAAUGGUCAUAACCACUGAGCCAUCUCCCCAGGCCCUCGACAAGGGUUUUUCUUUUUCCUUUCUUGUUUUUGUUUUGUUUUUGGGGGUUUUGUUGUUGUUGUUAAAAUGGAUUUACAUGAUUCAAACGUUGGAAAGGUACAGAAAGACCAAGAAUUCCUACUAGAGGCCCCAGUUACUCAGCUUCAUCUUCCAAGAGGCACCCAUUGAUCUGAUUCGUGCCUGCUGCUCCUCAGAUUCCACCUAGACUUCCACUCUGACAUCAGUGCAUCUCCAAGUGACAUUCUCCAAAGUCCUGAGUGGGCUUCCCAGUCUGACAGCUUUUAAAUGAAGAUUGUGCUUGGAUGCAACCAUUUUGGUUGCUGAGAGCUGGAAUCCCAGGCCAAGAGAACAGAAUUGCAGAUCUGGAAGAGAUGUGGGUGUGGCAGCAUCCACACCAUUGGCCAUCCACAGAGGCUUGAUGCACAUCCAGAUGUGAAUCUUGACAGGGAUCGCAUUUGUAUAAAGUCGCAGGGGAACCUGGUGGGCCGGAGAAAUCCUCAUGUUCUGGUAUACCCCGGUUCAGCUAAAUCCCAUAGGCCAGAUAGAGAGGUGGGUAAGCAUUCUGCAGUGCCUUCACGUGCCAUGCUCUCUUCCCCUCAGGCUCUCCUUCCACCUGGAGUCCUUGUCCUGCCUCCAUGCCCUGGCACCACCCAAUGGCCUGGCAGGUGUGUCUACAUUCACUGGGAAAGGGCUUGCCAGGCUUCUCCUCUGUCUCCUGCUCCUUUAGCUCCUUCCUACAAGAUGGACUGAACUUUGCUGAAAACGUGGACAUUUCUGACCCUGAAGACACAGGAACCUUAGAAUAAAGAGGCACAGCAAGGAGAAUGUCAGUUUUUGUUUAGGAAUGCCCUAAAGAAGCUUAGAUGAUGGAAACGGUUCUUACUCCUCCAUGAAAGGCUGGAAACUGGGGAAAGAGAAAGAGGGGCUGGCCCUUCACAAGAACUUAAAAACUUCAGGAAUCAGUCCUCUCCAUGGACAGAUGGGACAGUCCCCUGUUCCCAGUGUUCUACUGUCCACUUCUUCCUGUCCAGAAGGAUCAUCCUGCUUGUUGAAUCCUGGCAUGUUCCACAUAGCUGACCUACACUGGGAGCUGGGCUAAGGACAGGUAGCUAUUGGCUUCUGGGUUUCUUCCCUGCUUAUCCUUAUAGAAGCUGAAACUUCAAGGCCUGGGCCUAUGCAGACAGGAGGAAGCUGAGCUUUGUAUUGGCAUCUCUGCUACUGUGGACCCAUGGCACCUGGCCUUGGGAGCAGAGGGCAGCUGCUGCCUUUGGGCCUUCAGCCUCUGAGGCAGAGACUUUGUCAGCACCACGAAUUGUGCUUGCAGCAGACAUCUCAAGUUUCCAGCAUCCCUUCCCUUGUGCCCCCAUGUGUUUGCUGUCAGAGUCCUGCCCAGAAUUGCUGCAGUGUUACAGGAUCCCUUGCAGGGUCUCCUCACAGCCCCUCACUGUGCCAGACUGAGGAAGAACAGCUUUAUUGACAGGCCUCAUUACUGAGCGCUUCCCUCCCUCAGCGUCUCCUGGCUCAGGGCUCUCAGGCUGUAGAGCCAGCCAAAGGCUGCCUGGCCUCAGAGAGGAAAGGGCCCCCACAAAGGAAGGCCAAGGCAGUUAAGUAUCCCCCUUCCUCAAGAGAACUAGCCAGCAGGUGGCCAGUCCUGACUGGUUUGGGUUGUGUGCUGAGGCCCCAGCCCCGCAUCCUCUCCCUUUUCAGUCAAUGGUGAUCAUGUGAUUUUCAUUUCUGCCCUGUGUAGUCAAGGAAGAGUCUUCCAGAAGGUUCUGACUUGGGCAUUCAUAAAUCCAACUCAAAGACCUCUCGACCUGUCUCCCUUCAGUCCCAUAAUUAUUGCAGUGUCCAGCCCAGUGUUGAACAAAUUGUAGUGUGUAGUCUCAUUACAAAUAAAUAGUCUUUCACUAGUCUCAUCCUGUCUCUAGUUGUUGGCUCUCCACACUGUGCUUUGCCCUUGUGGGCUAGGGCUGAGGGUUGGGAGCUUGCUGCUGUCUUGACGGCUCAGCAUGCAGGCAACUGUCCUGCUUAGGGCUGUGAACUUGAAGGCUUCUGCUGCUGAAAGCAUUAACUGGCCCAUUUCUUAAAGGUCCUUAGCCCUGGCACCAGCACUGGCAGCUUUCAGCUUGGAGUUAGAGCCUGGUCCAAAUGGGCAACUUUAUAUUUCUCUUCUCCAACCCCCCUGUCCUCCGCCUGCUGAUAAAGCUUAGGGAAGGCUUCAAGGGUAAUGAAGUCACAUGGUCAGCAGAGGCCUUGGUCAUGUUCACAACCAGUGUGGGAAUGUCCCUGGUGGAUGUUGACGUUGUCUGCAGACAGUUAAUUUAGGUGGUCACAGCCUGGGGGAAGGCAUUACUGGGAGGCUGCAGAACAUCACAAUAAAGACUUGGUCCAAGUACCUGAACUCUAGUCCGGCUGGAAGAAUACUUGUGCCAGUAUGAUGGGCUCCCAUGGGGCCAUAGACUCAUCUAAACCCUUGAUGGGGGCAGUUGGAGUCCAGGCCAAAGUGCCUGCAUUGGUUGGUGUCCUGGCUCCAUUUUUAAACUAAGCCCACGCUUCAUCCCUUCGCCCUGUGUUUGGACUGAGACUCUGCUUGCCUUCUAGAGCUGUCACGUUCAGCAGCUUCUCAUCCACAAAGCCUCCCCGGACCUGGCUCCUGACUCUCCAUGUAACCCCUGGAAUGGAUGCAGGAUGUUGACUGGGUUGGCUUAAUGACAAACAGACAAGAAGGUGCAGGCCUUGGCUUUUACUGAGAUUAGACCUGAGGACUCCCUGGCCUCUCAGGAACCCGAUUCUCUGCUCGGCCUGACCUCCCAGAUUUCACAGAGAUGAUGAGAGCCUUGGGGUACCCACGCCACAUUUCUAUGGAGAAUUUCCGCACACCCAACUUUGGGCUUGUCUCUGAAGUGCUUCUGUGGCUUGUGAAAAGAUAUGAGCCGCAGACUGACAUCCCUUCUGACACUGAGACUGAACAAGACCGAGUUUUCUUCAUUAAGGCAAUUGCCCAGUUCAUGGCCACAAAGGCACAUAUAAAACUCAACACCAAGAAACUCUAUCAAGCAGACGGGUAUGCAGUGAAGGAGCUGCUGAAGAUCACAUCCGUUCUUUAUAACGCCAUGAAGACCAAAGGCAUGGAGGGCUCCAACGUCGGAGAGGAAGACAUCAGCAAAUUCAAGUUUGAUCUGGGCUCCAAGAUUGCAGAUUUGAAAGCAGCCAGACAACUUGCUUCUGAAAUCACUGCUAAAGGAGCUUCUCUGUAUGACUUGCUGGGCAAAGAGGUUGAGCUGAGGGAACUGAGAACGGAAGCCAUUGCUCGACCUCUAGAAAUAAACGAGACUGAAAAGGUGAUGAGAAUUGCAAUCAAAGAUAUUUUGGCACAGGUUCAGAAGACUAAAGACCUGCUCAACAAUGUGGCGUCUGACGAAGCCAAUUUAGAAGCCAAAAUUGAAAAGAGAAAAUUGGAGCUGGAAAGAAAUCGGAAGCGAUUGCAGACCCUGCAGAGUGUCAGGCCAGCCUUUAUGGAUGAGUAUGAGAAGGUUGAGGAAGAGCUGCAAAAGCAGUAUGACGUCUACCUGGAGAAGUUCCGGAACCUGGCUUACCUGGAGCAGCAGCUUGAGGACCAUCACAGGAUGGAGCAGGAACGGUUUGAAGAAGCUGAGAAUACUCUGCGUCUGAUGCAGAAUAAGCUGAAGGAAGAGGAGAAGAGACUGCUCAAGAGUGGAAGCAAUGACGACUCGGACAUAGACAUCCAAGAGGACGAUGAAUCGGACAGCGAGCUGGAGGACAGACGGCUGUCUAAGCCUCGGACAGCCAUGGAGGUGCUCAUGCAAGGAAGGCCCAGCAAACGCAUCGUGGGCACAAUGCAAGGCGGAGACUCCGAUGAAGAUGAAGACUCGGAGGACAGCGAAAUGAACAUGGAAGAUGAUGAAGAAGAUGACGAUGAUUUGGAAGAUGAGAGCAUUGCGCUCUCACCAGCUAAACCCAGUCGGAGGGUCCGGAAACCCGAGCCCUUGGACGAGAGUGACAAUGACUUCUGACCUUCUUGCCAAGAGACCCAGACAGCUUAAGAGCGUCAGAUGUAUAGGUAAACAGGGACUCAGCAGGCUGGAAAGGUAACGUGUUUUGUUCACUACCCCAUCUGAGCUUAUCCAUACUGAAACUCCAACAGAGAUUUUCUUUGUCUGUCUCCUAACGCUUGGGAUCCCCAUACCCGUGUUCCAAGUGAUUCAAUCUGUAAGAAAAGCCCCUGAGGAGAAAUACAGACUUGACACCAUGUAA